AAAUUCAAGAUAGCGGAUCUUGGAUUUUGGAGCGAAAUUCAUUUACUCAUUUGGCCAAAUACUAUUAUAGCUGAUGUCGGUCCGUGAUAAAAGCAUCAAAUCGAAUUCCUAACCCUGACAUCCAACUUUAAAUCCUACUCUUAAUUCCUCACACAAAUAUACAACCCUCAUUUAACCCUGGUCGUCCAUAAAUUAUAGUCCCACCACAUUUUCUUCUGUAGGUACUACAACCAUGGAUCGCGAUUAUGCUCCACUUUCGUCCAGCUGUAUAAAGAACCUUGUGGAUAAGCUUUUUGAUAAACGCAAAUUAGCAUCUCAAGAAAUCGAAAGAGUUGUCAAGGAUUAUAUUAGUCAGGAUAAGCUUUCAGAUAUUUCUCGAAUCAUUGGAUACUUCAGCCAGGACUUUAUUCAGUCUGCCAACCCUCAUACUCGAAAAGGUGGUUUAUUUGGUCUAGCUUCUGUAGCAAUCGGAUUAAAUGAGGACGCACGUUUUUUUCAUGGACCAAUAAUUUUACCUAUAAUUCGCACAUUCCAUGAUAACGACCCACGCGUGCGACAUUAUGCAUGUGAAGCCCUUUUCAAUGUGAUGAAAAUAACUAGGAAAGAGACGUUAAAUUAUUUGAGCGAUGUGCUUGAUGCCAUUAGUCGAGGUGUAUCGGACUCUGACUCCUCUGUUCGUCCCUCAGCCUUACAAUGUGAUAGACUUUUAAAGGAAAUUAUCAUGGAGACUGAAGUUUGUGACUUAACAGAUAUUGUCUUAUUACUGAAAGAACGUAUUUACACGAACAAUCCGUAUACUCGUCAGUUUAUUGUUUCUUGGAUCACUACCUUAUAUGCUAUACCUGGACUAAAAAUUUCUGUUUACUUGCCGCAAUUAUUGGAUGGGCUUUUCCGUAUACUUGGCGAUCCGAAUCCGGAUUUACGAAGACAAUGUGAAAUGCUUUUAACAGAUUUACUUAAAGAGAUUGAAGCUAAUCCAAAUGAAAUUGCAUUAGAUACAAUGAUCAACAGUUUAAUUGUGCACUGUCGACUUUCAGCAACAGCUUGUGCUUUGGCCGAUAUUGCUUUGAAGCCAUCAUCUCCACGUAACUCUCAGUUUUCUAAUCUCCUCAAUUCAUCAAUCGUUGUUGAUACGUCGGCUCAAAGUAUUAGUCUCACACAAACUGCUCAAAACGCUUCUGAUUCGUGGUCCUUAAAAAGCGGAAAUAUAUGUAACGCACCAGAACAAUCAAAACAACGAGCGGCACUAAAGUGGAUAAAAACAUUUGUUGAAAUAGAUCCGCAUCAUAUGCUUCCAUAUGCUUCAGGAAUUAUUGGUGCUGUUCUUCCCUGCUUUAUGCUCUGUGGACCAUCUGAUGCUUUACAAGAAAGGAAAGUUGCUCUCGAGACAGCUGUGUGCAUAAACGAAACGCUUUUGAAGGCUGUUAGAUUAUUCAAUUCAUGUACUAUGAAUAAUUUGGAUUCAUGCGAAUCAAUAGCUCACAGUGCAACGGAUUCGCACCGAGUCUCACUGAAUUCAGGAAACCAAAGUGAAUCGUUAGUCAAGUUUUCACAGGCUGAAAAUUCAACUAAACAGUUUACAGACUCAUCUCUCAACACCACAACUGAUACACUAUCCGGUGGACAAAACAAUUCACAAAUUUUGUGCACAGAUGCAAUCUUAGAAGCUACUUUUCAACUUCUUAAUAAUUCAAGUUUAUUUACUCGCUUGGCAGCACUACGCUGGAUUACUGUACUUGCAGAAGUUUGUUCAUCUGAUGUUUUUUCUCAUGUUGAUCGUCUUUUACCAGAAAUGCUCAAACUAGUUUCUGAUCCUGCUGAUGAAAUGGUGCAUUCUACUAUUUCAUUGAUUGGAAAACUCAGUCAUCAUACUACUGUUGUUGGUAAUAAUUAUCACAACAAAGAAUCUGUUAUUUUACCUCAAGAACUAGUUAAGUUGCUUCAUGAUCCGGCUAUAGUGAAUGGACAGAAUAAUAGUCAGAUUUCUGAUUGUUCAAUGGAGACUUCAUCUCAAGAAUCAUUACCGUCAUCUUCUGCUCCAAAUACAUUUUGUUUACGAUUUCUUUUGGACUUAGUCGAAUUGUUUAACAAAGAUUCAGAAUUAUUACGGAAACGUGGAGAUAUGAUUAUUACCGAUCUCUGCCAAGUUCUUGGUGCUGAUACGGUUUACUGCACCGUUUCAACAAUUAUUUCUUAUAUUAAACCAUUGGAAUCAGCAUUUGUACUGGUACAAGCGUUGAAUCGGAUUCUUUUAACUCAACCAGUGUUACAUAAUUUCCGUAAACAAUUACGUUGUAUUAAUACGAAGGCCCAAUGUCAGUUGUUUGAAAAACUGUAUCGUGCUUGGUGUUAUAAUCCUGUUUCUCUGUUAGCACUAUGUAUGCUGACUGAAAAUUAUAAACAUUGUAGUCGUUUAGUGAAAUCAUUCGGAGAUAUUGUUAUUACUGUUGAAACUCUCUGUGAUAUGGAUCAGCUAAUUCAAAUGAUAGAAUCACCAAUAUUCUCCAGUCUUCGGAUGCAUAUGCUUGAUAAACGAUUCAGUGCUGAUCUUCGCGAAACUUUAUAUUGCCUACUUAUGUGUCUUCCACAAACAGAUGCCUUUCAGACACUUUGGCGACGCUUACAAUGCUUACCACCUGUGGAAUAUAUUUCAGAUAAUCCAGUUAGUCGGAUUUCAAAAGGUCCCCAGUCUACACAGAAUAUAAUUAGUGUGUACAUCAACUUUAAUGAGUUAUUUGAUUACUUUCAUUCAAUUCAGAAGCAAUCUGAUGAAUAUCGUUUAAUGAAAAUGAUAAAUCACAAUAGGAAUGGAGCACAACCACAAAAUCAAAAUAGUUAUACAAUAUCCAAUGAAAAUCGUUCAAAUAGAGGUAGUCUUGGAAACGUUUUUAAUAAACUGGCUGUCUCCGAUGAAAAGCCAUCUGAUAAUAUAUAUCCAACUGAUAUUCAGAGGAAAAUUGAUUCUAAAACCACAGUUUGUUCAGCUAAUGAUUAUCUUACUGCGAUGUUUAUUGAUCUACGUUACCAUACCUCAUCUCAGCACAGCAAGAAGAGAGAAAUGGGGCUAAUACCCAUAACAGUCAUCACAAUGAAAAGUAUAAUUAAAACAAACAAAUAAAAUUGAUUAAUGCGAAUUACAGAGUGAAUACUACCAUAGUUUUUUAUUCUCGCUAAUAAUAUUGCUCUCACACUCUAGCAGACGGGUCGGAUAUUUCUUCAAAAAUGUUCUGUUAAAUUUGUCGAUAUGAUUCACAGUGUAGUGAGAUAUUUAUUUUUAAUUUGAGAAGACACAGUAAUAAAGCUGAUUUUUCAUCUGUACUAUCAUUGAUGUAUACCUAGAUGCUUCAUAUUGAGUUUUAUCUAAUAUUAUUCUAAUAUUUUUUUUCGAAAUCUUUUUUUAGAGUUUUGCCAAUCUAGGAAUAAACAUUGACUACGGUGCCCCAUUGAAUAUCGUUGAUUAGUUGGGUUUUUGUCGGAAUCGUUUGCAUGUUGAAUAUGAUGCUUUUUAUUGAUUUUUGGAUUUUUAUCUUUACAUACAAAUGACUCCAUGUGAUCACUUCUAUUUACAUGUACUAUGUUAAAUUGUGAUUUUUUAAUACUUCUGAAACUGCAUAUAACUAGUGAUUGAAAAUAUGAUACAUUUAAGGUCACUUCAUUUAUUUUAACUUUUUCGUAAUUCUUAAAUAUGAUUUUUCUUAAUUACCAGUCUUUUGUUCUUUUGUCAACUGUGAUCAAUAAGACGAUUGAACUUUCUUGUUGGUGUCCUUUUACAACGGAUAAUUUCCAUGUAUAUUCGGUACUUUAUACAAUUUAUUUGUAUGGAUGUACGCAGUUGGUGUUGGUCACGUGUGAUGAGGUAGCUUGUAAUUGUUGCUCAACUUCAAAUAGACUAAACAUCUAACCAGUG